CAUCUAAAUCAGUCGACAUUCUAUCGACAUCUCUAUCUAACCUCUCAGAAAGAUUUAUACUCCUGUUUUCAGGUUUGUUGUGAUAGAGACAUGCUUAAGAUCCCAGAUCAUCAGGUUGCUGGACACGAAGCUCGGGUUGGGAAGCUUGGUCCCCUCAUUGAUGAUUCGGGCCGUUUUUACAAGCCUCUCCAGAGCGAUAAACGUGGGUCUGAAGAGGUGGCCUUCUAUGAAUCAUUCUCUUCCAACACUGAAAUUCCAGAACACAUCCGUAGAUUUUUCCCUAUCUUUUAUGGCACCAAAGUCAUGAAGGCAUCCACUGGAGCUGAACAUCCUCAUAUUGUGUUGCAAGAUAUUGCCUCAUCCCGCAUAAAUCCCUCUGUAAUGGACAUCAAAAUUGGCGCCAGAACCUGGGCUCCAGAAUCUUCUGAGGCAUACGUUGCAAAAUGCUUGAGGAAGGAUAGGGAGAGCACAAGUGUUCCGUUGGGAUUCAGGAUAUCAGGGCUGCGAGUCUAUAUCAGUGAUGAAUUAGGGUUUUAUAAGCCUCAUAGAGAUGCUAUCCGUAAAGCUGGCCCAGAUGAUGUUAAACUACUUCUUAGGAAAUUUAUUUCCUCUAAUCCAUCUGCAGAAAUGGAAACCGACCCAGAUUGUUCUUUAGCAUCUUCUGUUUAUGGAGGACCUGAUGGCAUUUUGGCUCAAUUGUUGGAACUGAAGGCAUGGUUUGAGGAUCAAACUAUCUACCACUUCUAUGCUUGUUCAAUUCUUUUCAUGUAUGAAAAGGGUUUGGCGUUAAAAGGUGCUAGUUCAAAUGCAGAAGUCAAGCUUAUAGAUUUUGCACAUGUUACAGAAGGUCGAGGUGUCAUUGAUCACAACUUCUUGGGUGGGCUCUGCUCCUUAAUAAGGUUCCUUUCUGACAUACUUAAAGAGACAACCAAAUUUACUGUUGAGAAUGGUCAGGUUGAGCCGGAGGAGAGCGGAUUAAUUUGAACUUUGAAACCAUCUCUCAUUUUUGCUGCUUCUUCGUAAUUGUUAAGACCAGGUAUUUGAUUUGAGACUAAAUUAGCCUACUGGAUUACAAUUUUGCU